AUGGAUUUCUGUCACUUCACUUUUCUCUAUGGGGCUCUUGUGUUUGCGUGGGGAAUCCCCAGUUUCCAGACUCUGGCUAUUUUUCCCCCAUUAGCCCCGAAGAGCAGCAAGGUGGCGAAGCUCUUUGAUGGGCAAGAGGCGUCCAAGUAUUUCAAGGAGUUUUACGCGCCACCUUCAAUCAUUAAAUCAGCGUCUAAAGAAUUAAUUGAGCCUCAUGACUACAUGCUGUCUAUUUACAAAACCUUCUCCACGGCGGAGAAACUGGGACUCAACGCCAGCUUUUUUCGCUCCUCUAAAGCUGCAAACACAAUUGCAAGUUUUGUGGAUAAUGGGCAAGAUGACCUCCCACUCUCCCCUCUGAGGAGACAGCGGUAUCUGUUCGACGUCUCAACCCUCUCCCAAAAAGCGGAGGUGCUGGGAGCCGAGCUCAGGAUAUACACCAAAGUGUCUGGGAAUUUCAGGAUAUCGGAAACAGAACCCGUCGACAUCCAGCUCCUCUCCUGCCACGACCAGCAGCUGCUCGACUCCAAGACACUGGACCUCCAGGAUUCUCACAGGCCAAAGUGGGAGGUGUUGGACGUGUGGGAAAUAUUCAAAGAGCGGCAACACCUGAGCCAAGGGAAGCUCUUCUGCCUGGAGCUCAGGGCCAUGCUGGACAACCCUGAGAGGGAGCUGGACCUGCACCUUUUGGGCUUGCACAGACACAGCAGGCCCCAGCAGAAGAAAGCCAUUUUAGUGAUCUUCACCAGGUCCAAGAAGAGGCAGACCCUCUUCAGUGAGAGGAGGGAGGGGAGAGCAUUACUGGGGGUUGGGAGGAAAGCCAAGGAGAGGGGCCCUGGCACCAAAGCCAGCCGGAGAAGGAGGACGGCUGCGUCCAAAACUCGCCACGGGAAGAGGCACGGCAAAAAGUCCAAAUCCAGGUGCAGCAAGAAGCCGCUGCACGUGAAUUUCAGGGAUCUGGGCUGGGAUGACUGGAUCAUCGCCCCGCUGGAUUACGAGGCGUACCACUGCGAGGGUGUGUGUGACUUCCCCCUUCGCUCCCACUUGGAGCCCACCAACCACGCCAUCAUCCAGACUCUGAUGAAUUCAAUGAACCCCAGCAACAUGCCACCCAGCUGCUGUGCCCCGUCCAAACUCAGCCCCAUCAGCAUCCUCUACAUUGACUCAGGAAACAAUGUGGUCUAUAAACAGUAUGAGGACAUGGUGGUGGAGUCUUGUGGCUGUCGGUAG